GCCACCGCUCUCCACGCGCGUCCGUCGCGUUUUUUCCCAACUCCUUGAAUCUACAACUCAAGAUCAAAUAUCAAACUCAAAACAGGACCCAAUUCUCAAUCCUCAUUUCCUACCAAAAAUCCAACCACUCGAUGACCUCUCUAACUCUCCCCAAACCAUCCACUCAGCAAAUCCCAACUACCAAAAUCUAACCCCGUGAAAACGAACGAUAUCGCGAAAAACAAGGGGACCACACAGAUAAAAAACGAAACCAAAGUAGAAUCACAAGAAGCAAGUAUGGCUCCUCGAAAAUCAACUGGAGACGAAGAUCCCACAUCAUCACCACAGGUGCAAGGCGCGGCUACACAAUCGCCGCAGACGCAGACACACACACAGCAGCCGAUUCAAGCUACAGAGCAACAACUUAAGGCUAGAGCUGAGGGGGGCGUUAGUAUUGAGGACUACCUCCUCCCCCGUUCUCUAACGCUCCGACUGGCCAAAUCCGUCCUCCCGCCUAAUACCUCCAUUCAAAAGGAUGCUGUCCUCGCCAUUCAGAAAGCGGCGACGGUGUUCGUGUCUUAUCUUUCUUCGCAUGCCAAUGAAGCGACUAUGAAGCGGACUCUUGCGCCGUCGGAUGUUUUUAGUGCGAUAUCGGAGUUGGAGUUUGAUGGCUUUCGGUCGAGGCUGGAGAAGGAGCUGGAUGCGUUUACGGAGUUGAAGGCUGGGAAGAGGAAGGCGAAGAAGGGGGAUACGGCGGCUGGGGCUGUGGAGGCUGGGAAGAGUAAUGCGGCGGGGUCGGAGAGCGGCAGUGGUACUGCCGCUCGGGGGGUGAAGAGGGUGAAGAGGGUUGAGGGGGAGGAGGCUGAGGCUGUUGCUGGGUCUAGUCGGCAGGAGGAGGAAGGGGACGAUGGGGAUGAGACGCAGGAUGAGGCGGAGCAGGUGGAUGAGCAUGAGACCGAGGUGGAGGAAGAGGAGGAUGAGGGUGAGGGUGAGGAGGAAGAAGAGGACGAGGAACACGGAGAGGAAGAGGAUCCUGAUCGGGUGGAAGAUUUGGAUCGUGAUUCGAGGGCUCGACGGGUCAUGGACCCGGAUGCUGCUGGGGAUGAGUCGGAUAGUGAUGAUGAGGCGGGGCCGUCGUCGCAGUUGAAGGGGGAUCUGGGGUUGGGAUAAUCUUUAUCUUGUAGCGAUUAUGAGUUUAUUGUUGAUAGAUUGAUAAUACUUUAUAUGUACGGUUGCACGUUAAGUUUUCAGCUGCGUAAGAAUGCUGAUUCAUUUCCAAAGAGUACGACAUAAAUGUUAAUGCGAUGACAAUGUAUACCAAACUCCAUCAACCCAAACGCCGGUCCACGUACGACAUAAAUUAUACAGGUAGACAUGUAUCGCAAAUACCG